AUAUAUUUCCAUUACAACCAUCUCUCUGUGUUCUUCAACUCUAUCUCAACUCCAACUGAGAGAUUCCCACAUUUCAAUCCCCUCGGGAAAGUUUACUUCUUUAGCUUCUUAUCCAAUAUUGAUUCAUGGGGAAGUAUUAUGGAAGUUAGAUCAUACUCAUCUGUAGAACUCAGAAAAGGGUCUUUCUAAGUUUUGAUUAGAGAGAGAAGUGAUGAAGGUGUUUUUUGGGAGUCCAGGAAACAUAAGUGGGCUUCUACUCAGAAUUGGUCAGUGUUCUUUUGCUGCUGCUUCAAUUGGGGUCAUGGUAUCUGCUCAUGGCUUCUACAGCUCUACUGCAUUUUGCUAUUUAAUUGCAUCUAUGGGGCUUGAAUUCCUUUGGAGUUUUGGACUUGCUUGUCUUGAUUUUCAUGCUUUGAGGUCAAAGAGGAGCUUGCAGAGUCCUGUUCUAGUGAGCUUAUUUGUUGUUGGAGAUUGGGUAACAGCUACGCUUUCACUGGCAGGUGCAUGCUCAUCGGCUGGGGUGACAGUUCUGUACUCGAGAGACUUGGGUUACUGCGGCAAGAUGCUUCCAUGCACCAGGUUCCAACUCGGGGUGGCUUUUGCUUUUAUCUCAUGGUUCCUCCUUGCUGUUUCCUCUCUUGUCAUGUUUUGGCUGCUAGGUGCAGUGUAAGAGACAACAACUUAUACCAACUUCACAAACAACGUAUCGUUCAAUUCUCUUCUGUAAAUAUAAUGCAACACAUCAAAACAGAUCAGUUUUGAUCAGUACAUCUGUGAACUAAUUUUGCUACAGGUUUCUGGGUCCAGAGUUAUAAAGUACUGUAAUGUGAUCCACGAUUUAAGAA